AAGAUCACAGAAUAGGCGCCACCACCAAUAUGACGGUGGAGGACUACGAAGAUAACAUUCUCACCGUUGGCCACGUAAUGCAGGUUUUCCACGCCAGAUGGCUCGAUAUCUUCAAGACGGCCUCGCUGCACGAACGGGCCCCAAACCCAGGCAUCUAUUCGCUGGAAACGGCCGUGAAGCACCGGCUGCUGGAUCUUCAAACCCAGGGCCGUCCUCUGGUGCUGAACUUCGGAAGCUGCACCUGACCCCCGUUCAUGGUGAAGCUGGAGCGGUUCUACGACAUCGUCAAUAGCUUCGCCGACUCCGCCGACUUCCUCAUCCUAUACAUAGAGGAGGCGCAUGCGACGGACGGGUGGAAGAUCAGCCACAACACCGACGUCAGGCAGCACAAGACGCUGGAGGAUAGGUUCCAAGCCGCCAGGAUCCUGGCGAGGACGAAACCUCCGUGCCCCAUAUACGUGGAUGACAUCACAGACGACGCCAACGUGCAGUAUGGGGGACUGUAUGAAAGGCUGUAUAUCAUACUCGAUGGUAUCGUGGUGUACCAAGGAGAACGUGGGCCGGUUGGUUACAAGCUAGAAGAGGUGGAGCAGUGGCUUUCUAAACAUACUGGGUCGCAGUAAUAACUGUACUGAAGGCUAAUUUUCCCCCAAUUUAAGCAUU